AUGUUGAAAGGUACUCUUAGUUUAUCGAAGGAUGCCAUCCCGAGCUACUGGCCUCCUUAUCCAACCGGCCCUUACGACAAUGAACUCGAGGAUGUAACGACUACCGUCAUUCAAUAUCGUGUUGCUGGAUCCGACAUACGCCAUCUUAUUCCGGAUAUUAUGGAGAUUGAAAAAGAAUCACUAAUGGCCUCUAUGUUUAUUCGUUAUGGAAAAAGUUCUGGUGGGUUAUACAACGAGUUCGUCCUUCAUGCAGAGGUCACGUUCAACGGCCAAAAAUACAACUACUGCAUUAUACUUACUCUUGACAAUGAAUCCGCAAUAUUUGCAGGUCGAGAGCUUUCUGGGAUACCGAAGGCUUUCGGCAAAAUGCACAUCAAGACAUCCACCAGAAUGCGCCUCUAUCAGGGAACGGCAGACGGGCCCGUGUCAGAAAGUCUCCCCAAAGAUGAUACGUUGAACCUGAGUUUACGAAGCAUUCUUUCUCUGACAAAAUCACAGUCCGCGCCAAUCAAAGAAUUGGUACCUUCAUGGAUGGAAUGGCAUGCCAAGUCUGCUUGGGUCGGUAAAGGCUGUCUUUUUUUCACUCCUGGAACUUUAUUGCAUCCUUGGCAUAUUUGA